AUAAAAUAUUAAAGGAUAUCAGAGAUAUAUUGUAUAUACAUAUGUAAAUUUUAUAUGUAAUAAUUCGUGAUAUGUACAAUUAUGUACAAGUGAGCUUAUCUUGUGCAAUAGAGGCGGUGCUAAUUCUGCAGUCUUAUUGUUAGCCGAAACAAAAUAUCUGCAUGAAGCAGUACGAAAGACGAAGCGCCGGCGAAUUUGAUUAUUGACUAUUGAGCGAAGCAGCACGUACGAUACAUAAUCAAGAAUGACGUUCUACGUUUUGCUUUAUAACAAUUACUGUGUAACAGUACCAAUAAUUUGGAUUAACUUUGAACAGUCUUCUUUUAAAAUGCCUGCGACAAAAAAUCUUACUCAAUCUUGUCGGAAGCAAUUGUCACCACAUGAUGAUUGGAACGAAUUUAAAUUUCAUAAACAUUUUGGUCCGUAUGAUACCUACUCAAGUGCACGGUCAGUUGAACAAGCAGUAGCCCAAAUGUCUACAUCAGAUGACAAUAUUGUCUUACAGGAAGAAACAAAGAAUAUUGCGAAAAAAAGAUUGAUUAAAGCCCGAAAACUUUAUGGCGACACAUCGAAUGAAGAUGAACCAAAAAAGAAGAAAAUUAUAAAAUUCCCGUCGAAUUACAUUCCAGAAAGUGGAAAGAGUGUCUCUCAAUUAUCAAGCCAGCCGAUUAAUGAAUCAUCGACAAUUACUAACCUAGCAUGCGGAUCUAUUAAAGCAAACGACGAGGCUUUAACCAACGUGCCAACCAAAAGUGUCAACGAUAUUAAUGAACCUGAGAUCAGUGAUGAAAUAUUGGAAACUAAUUUUGUAGACGUAAACUCAUUAGAUUCAUACGAAGAUGAGUCGUCAUGUAGUGACACAAAAAUGCAAAAAAUGACACACGAGAAGCAAGAAAGUCGAAAAGUUGUAAAAGGGAACGUAACAGCUCGACCAACAAUUGUAUCACAACUGAUUAUUCUUCUUUCCACGAGCAAUGAUGACACUAAUGUAUUAAAUAUAAUACAAAAUAAAGAAAAUAUUGAAAAUAAUUCAAUGACAUUGGAGCAUUCAUUUUGUUGUGAAAAAUGCCGCAAAAAUUACUUGGUCAAAUUUGUGACAAUUGGAAACUCAAUCGGAUCAUUCAUUUUCUAGAAAAUGAAAAUAAUGUAACGAAUAACGUAAUGAAAUAGAACAAGACGAUGUGUCGUUGUUACCAAAUUUUCCUCUCACUACAGUUGAACAAACAGAAAUGUUCAAUAACAGAUUGGAAGAUAUUAAUGUUCGGCGACAAUUUAUGAAAAAAAUGGCGCAGUUUGGCGGGGAUACCGUAGCCAAACUUGUAAAAAAUAUAAUGUUGGAAACUAUCGGAUAUGAAGUUGCGGCAGCGUACACGUGGACAGGCCAAAAAAAA